GCAAUUGCGGCGUAUCGAAACAAGCGGCGAAAUCCUUCUCUUCUCGCCGUCGGAAUUGACUGCCCUUAACGAGACACAAGAGGCGUCUUCCCUUCACACGUACACGGUCGCGAGGGCUCAAUGGUGCCGUUAUCUUUCGCAACGCUGUGACUCUGCACCCGCGCUCCUACGCACACGUGUGUUGCCACCGCGAGGGGCACUAGCGUUAACGGCCCGCGGGCAGGAAAUUUGCUGCACCUAUUCCACCCCGGCCGUUGGUUUCGCGAUAGAGUAAGCUACGAAUUCUUCAGUCGUUUACGAGGCGUUCUGGCAGGUCAUUGCGCUGCGCCCGACUUGUCGACGUUCGGUGUGAGAAAGAUCGAGGGGCGAGUGAGCGCGCAUUGGAAAAAAAAAAAAAAAGGCGCACGGCGCGAGGCUGAUAAGAUUUGCUGCGAUCUGGAUCGAUCCGGUGAGCCGUCUCGGAGCCGUGCCCAUAAGUUACCCCGUUAAGGCGACACUUCGAAGAAAGUUCUGAGUCGUCGAUAUUUUUGUACUACGUUCCAGCGGAGUUCUGGUCGAACAGGUCGUUGAACCGUGCGGCUGGUCGCUCGUGUAACGUUUUGGUGGAAACAUGUCUGACGCGAGUUUCUGCGACGUCCCUUGUGCAGCGUUUCCGGAAGUGUCCUGGAAAGAAAAACUCCGCGCCAAGGUGUCGCUGAGUUCGAGAGUGCUGGGCAAAUCGUGGCGACUCCUCUACAUCUUCGGCGUUCCCUUGCUGCUGCUUCCAGUGGCCAUGUAUGUUGAAGGAAAGGCAGGAUGGUGCGCAUACAUUCUCCUUUGGAUGGCGUUCUACUGGUCGGCCGAAGCGAUUCCACUGGCCGCUACGGCGCUGAUGCCUGUCUUCCUAUUCCCGUUUUUUGGCAUUCUGAAUUCGCAGAAGGUGGCUUCCUUCUACCUCAACGAAAUUGGCAUGGUUAUGCUGUGCUCUCUCAUCAUGGCUGGCGCUGUAGAGACGAGCAACCUACACAAAAGAAUAGCGCUGAAAUCAUUACUCGGAAUAGGAACAAGCAAUCUGAGACUACUGCUGGGAUUUAUGCUGGUGACCAUGGCACUCUCUGUGUGGAUACCAAAUACAGCGUCAACUUCAAUUAUGGCGCCAAUCGUCAUUGCGGUCGUUGAUCUCGUGCACACCGCUUCCUCCUCUGUGGAAGACGACGAGGAAGGGAAUGCGUCUGAAUGCCUUAACAAGGCCAAGGACAGUGCUCCGGUGCCACAGCGCAAGCUUUCAAGUUCUCAGCUGACACGGCAGAAGGCACUGCUGACGACGAUGCUGCUAUCAGUGGCGUACGCCGCCAACAUCGGCAGCACGGGGUCACCGAUCGGCACCGGGCCUAAUUUGGUCCUGAAGGACCUUAUCGACGAAAUGUUCCCGAGUUCCACCGAAGUUUCUUUCGCGUCCUGGAUGCUGUACAACAUACCGACGAUGAUUCUUUGCGUCCUCGUGGCCUGGGCCUACCUCCUGCUUUCUUCCAUCAGAACAAUGCGUAGCUCAAGCCACUGCACGGCACAGGAGAAAGUCCGGGAAGAGAUUGCCAGGCGGUACAACGAGCUUGGCCCACUUAGCUUUCCGGAGGUAUGUGUCAUGUUCCUGAUGGUUGUGAUGAUCCUGCUGUGGGUCACUAUGGAGCCACUGCUGCUUCCAGGAUGGGUGGAUCUUUUGCCGUUCGGAAACGCCAUCAAGGCUUCCGCACCGGCCAUGCUGGUGACGCUUUUGCUCUUCUGCAUACCACGGGAUCCGAGGCAGCCGUGGAAGAGCGGGCCCAUAAUAACGUGGCGCGAGGCCAGCGACCGGGCCCAGUGGGGCGUCAUGAUUCUCAUCGGUGGUGGAAUGGCUGCCGGUGAAGCCUGCAUGCAAUCCGGGCUCUCGUCCCUUCUCGUCGAGCGUCUCAAGGGUCUCGAGGUGCUCCCCGAAGUGCUCACUGUGCUCUUGCUCUGCUUUGCGGCUUCCAUGUUGACUGAGGUGACGAGCAACGCGGCUGUCAGUUCCAUCCUCCUCCCUGUCGUCUGCAGAACGGCAGUCGCCCGGGGCGUUCACCCGCUGUACUUCGCCAUCCCGGUGACCAUCGGCUGCUCGUUCUCCUUCAUGCUGCCGGCGGCCACGCCACCCAACGCCAUCGUCUACGACCUCGGCAAUCUGCGCAUACCCGACAUGGCGAAGCCAGGGCUUAUGAUGAACAUGCUGUGCUCCCUGGUAGAGACCGCCAUGAUCCACGCCCUCGGAGUCUACGUCUUCGGCCUGCAGUCCUUUCCCGAGUGGGCGAGAGAAAAAGAAUUGUCGCCCUUGCUGAAUGUCACCGACAGCCACGUACACACGUCAAUUUCAAUGGCACAAAACUACACAAAUGUACUUUCCGCUCUAACAGAACGAGCAAUAAUAUAACCACCUGUUUGACGAAAAUGGCCUCGAGAAAUUCGCUAUAGACGUGCACGGAAAUGGACCAUUAAUCUAUAGAGGUUAGAAGGCUCCAGCCUCUAUAAUUAAACCGCAGGUAACGAAUAAAGUCGCUGCCGCCAAUGCAGAAGGGUCUUCAGAAAAAAAAGAAAAAAAGAUCGUUUUUACCCACAAAUAACAUUUUGGUGUCUUUUUUUUCUUAUUUACUUCCCUUCUCCAUAUCUUUAACUUCCUUUUCUAUGAUCUCCUUUUUAACGAGUAGGCAGGCUUUGUGCCCUUCUCGGUGGCAGCUGACAGCCUGCUUCUUCCCUAUUUCCCUAUCGCUGGAUUCUACCUGUGUGUUUUCGUAUGAAAUAAUAGUAAUAACUGCUGAUGAGUUGUUCCGCCCGUGUGUAGAACGAAACUUCAUGAUUAGCGUAAGUAUACUGUAUUGAGGGUCUACUUCACUAAGCUUUUCAUUCGCAUGAUCAUAUCGUCAGUGGCCGGCAGCCUUUGCUCGUAAUAUGUGUAGUUUCACUCACAAGCCGGCGGUUGUUCCUACAAAUUGCAGGAGCAUGCGUGUGAACGAUUUGUGCAUAAGCGGGUCCAGCUCAGCUGCGACACAUCGCUCGAUCUUAUUAAGGUAAAUAUAGACAAGUGCCAUAAUACUGCUGACUUUAUAUUCAUGGCAACAUUCUCCUGCCCACCGACUGUACGAUGACUACAGUAGCAGUAAGAACUGUAAAUAAAGGAAUAAUUGCCACAAAAAGGUUGACCACGAUUUAUUUGAGCUGUUUGGUUGCCAAAUUGUCUAUCUUUCGUUGAGUGUAGCAGCAUGAAAUAACUUUUGAGUGGUGUUGUGACAAAGAUAAAAACGAUUCGGUGACGAAACAACAAAGCAUGUGUGUAAGUAGAAACAGGUCAGCAGAUCAUGCGGCAUGAUGUGCGUUGGGUGUGUCGGGCUGAAUUUAGUACUGCUUUCACUUCCUUCGUCCCCAUCAUAUUCACCGACUCUAUGGCCGCUUGCCUGCGUAGGAUAUCCCCCGAGGCGACCUACAUUCAGUCGUAGAAAUCGUCCGGAUGCCAGAUCACUAGGGUGCACCAGGUAACGAAAAUGAAAUCCUGGCUACCCAAAAUCACAUUCCUUGGGGGUGCGAGGGCUUACCCCCUCCCAGGUCGCUCCUGCCAGCUCCCUCAGAACAGACGCGGGAUGAGCUGCUCAGAACGCCGGAUGUAAAACUACAAAAAGCCCUCGUUGCCUGGGCCGAAAGGGUCGCUGCUCGUGAGGGGCCAUCCUAGGACUCGGGCCUGCCACUGAGCAGAAUCUCAAUAAAGUUGCUACCA